UUCGGGUUCGGUCGAGCGGUGGUUCGCGGGCAGACAUGUUGAGCGUAAUUUCGCGGUCGUGCGGCGCGAUCUAGACGCGUGAAUUUCAUGCGUUCAGGGAUUCGCGGUGCACCGAGGAAGACGAGCGCGGUCUUAGCUGCGCUACAUGCGAAGUGACGCGCGCAAGCUCCGCCGCCUGGUCCGUCCCGGCCACAAACAUGAGCUGGGGCACCGAACUCUGGGAUCAGUAUGAAAAUCUGUCCCUCCACACGCAGAAGGGGAUAGAGUUUCUGGAGAGGUAUGGUCACUUCAUCCGGGACCGAUGCGCCAUCGAGGUGGAGUACGCGGCGAAGCUCAGACGGCUUGUCAAGAGUUAUCAACCCAAGAAGAAAGAGGAAGAAGAUUAUCAGUACAGCCCAUGCCGCGCUUUCAAGAUGGAACUGAACGAGGUCAACGAUCAGGCUGGCCAGAGAGAGGUGAUCGCUGAAAAUCUCCAGGCUAACGUUCUGCGAGAGCUGAACAUCCUGGUUAAGGACUUUAAGGAGGAUCGGAAGAAGCAUCUCCAGGAAGGGGCCAGACUGAUGGCCACCCUGGCUGGACAAAUCGGAAAUCUUGAGCGCGCUAGGAAAGCCUACGAGAAGGCCUUCCGAGAGGCAGAGAGAGCCCUCGAGAACUACCACAGGGCAGAUGCUGACUUUAAACUUUCGAGAGCAGAGGUGGAAAAGCAGAGGAUGAACAUGACUAUGAAGACCCAACAGAGCGAGGAGGCCAAGACGGAAUAUGCGAACCAGUUGCAGAAAACAAACGAGAUGCAGACCCUACAUUACCACACGUGUAUGCCGGAAGUCUUCCAACAUUUGCAGGAGCUGGAUGAAAAGAGAAUAAAGAACAUGCGGAAUUACAUGCUGAAGUCGGUCGAGAUUGAACGUGCUGUCGCCCCGAUAAUUGCGCAGUGUUUGGACGGCAUCGAAAAGGCGGCUAAUGAAAUUAACGAGAAGGAAGACACGCUUUUAGUGAUAGAACGAUACAAGAGCGGCUUUCAACCUCCGGGUGAUUUUCCUUUCGAGGAUCUCUCAGCCGCGAAGACUUAUGAUAGUAAUAGUCAGCUGUCUCAGCCAAUAAUGCAGCCUUUGCACAAUCAUCUCACGGUUAAAGGAACGGUGUCUGGAGGCAAGAUCAAAAAGAGAGUCGGAAUUUUCGGCAUAUUCAGCAGCAAUAAGAACAAUAUCCCGGGAUAUGGCGAUGGCGCAAAGGAGGACUGCAGUGAUUUGCCGCCAAAUCAGCGAAAAAAGCGAUUGCAGCAGAGGCUCGAUGAAAUUCAGACGAAAAUUCAGCAAGAGACCGCAGCAAGAGACGGCCUCAUGAAGAUGAAGGGUGUCUAUGAACAGAAUCCUGCUCUAGGGGAUCCUAUGAGUAUAGAAGGACAGUUGAAUCAAUCCAGUCAUAAACUAGACAAACUUGGCGCUGAAUUAAUCAAGUUUCAAGGAUACCUUGAAGAGGCAAUGCGUGCAGAUGCUAGCUUAUCUAGCCCCAGCCAGGCGCCUCGAAAACCAACUAGCAACGGUUCAGCCACGAGGCCGUUAAGUUCGAGAAGAUCGAGUCAUUCGGGUGGAGAAGAAAGCCUUUCAAGGUCUGCUUCAGAUUCCAGUGUAUGCAAUGCGAAUGCGAAUCAGUCGACUCAGAAGAAAAGUGCUCCUGGUACUCCUCAGCCGUCGCACGCUUCCACGAAUAGCCCGGAGUCUGGUCUGGGAGCGUCGAGGACAUCACUUCCUGGGAGUGGCAGCGAAGAGUAUUACGUUGACGAAGUCGACGCUCAGCCACCACUUGGCACGUGUCGGGCGCUGUACCCUUUCGACGCUACCAGCGAAGGAUCUAUUCCGAUGUACGACGGUGAGGAACUUUACAUGAUCGAGCUCGACCAGGGCGACGGAUGGACGAGAGUUCGUCGUAUCUCCCAGCCGAUCGAGGGAUUCGUACCGACGUCGUACAUAGAGUACCAUCUCUACAAAACAUAGCUACUUCUCCCUGGUCGUUGAGACGAGUACAUACGCAAUAGCGAGCCUCGGGCUGCAAUCAGCAUUACGAAUUGCCUUCCUUCGUGAUGAAAAUGUGGAUCCAAGUGCUCGGGAACCUCGAUCCACGGAAGGAAGAGGGGGUCGCAAGAUUAACGAGCCCUGCAAGGUAAAGGGGAAAAGGCAAAAUUACAAAAUUAUCACUAGUCUGUCUAUCUUAUAUAGCAUUUACGGACAAUGUCAUCGGAUCUACUUUGUGCCAAGAAAGCGUUGUCGGACCGUAGUGGUACACCGUUAAUUAUAUCCUUUCGGUACCACGGGGGUCCUCUUCUGUUCAUUCCGUUCCUCGAUCGGAAGGGAAUGCCGAGGCGAGGUUGAACUCGUUGCAGCCACGUUGAAGAAGGACGUGCGAAUAGACGAAUUCAGUCUUCCUCAAUGGUGGUGGAACUCGAUGCGAUUGUACGUACAUAUGUACAACUGAGCACGCUGGAGCUACGUAUUGCUUCGUUCUACAUUGCAUGUGGAUGCACUCGCUAAAUGUAACGUUGUCUCGGUGCGAUGUACAACCGUAGAACUCGUCCGCAGCGUGCCCGCACUGCUUCGCGAAACGACGGCUCGACUUGGUCUCUCGUAUGAGUAAACGAUUCGCGGUUGCUGCCUGCAAUCGGAAGGUACACUUACGAAUACACAUCCUGCCCGAGUAUCGCGCGGCCAUCGCGAGUGUGUCGGAAUAUGCCACUUCGUUCUACGUCGUGCCGAGGGGGGGCGCCAAAGCAGGAUUUUAUUAGCGGACGGCCCGUAAAUCGCUGAUACGAGAACGAGAGACUGAUUUUUCUCUAGAGUACCAUACGAUCGCAUUACUCGUGUUCCGUCGAAGUAGGCGCGCAAGCAGAACCGUGGAAAGGGUCGUAACUGUCUUGAGAUGUGCGCUCGAAUCGUCGGAGAUGCGCGCGUAAGACUACUUACGCGCUUGCUCAACUCUUGCUUAAUCUUAAGAUAGUUAAACCUACGUAUUUUCCUUCGUCCACGGUUAACGAACGUCAAAUUGCGUUACUAGAAAAAGAAAAAAAAAAAAAGAGAA